GCACAGUCAGUAAGGCCGCGACCACCGUACGGGGAGGAUGUACACUCUCUCGCUCCUCGCCCUCCAUCACUGAUCCGAUUUAAUUCUUGCCUCCCGCGCCCUCGUGACCCAGCGCCUUACACCUGCUCUUCUGCCGCGACCCAGGUGACCUUUCGCGCCCAUCCACCUGACCUUAGUUGGGUCUCGAAGGGUCAUUUAAGGUCACGAAAGGAAGAAAUUUGGGAAGUUAGGUGGAAUGUGAAAGUGAACCAGUGAAGCAGUGAGAUUGAACCAGUGAAGAGAAAGAGAGAGAGAGAGAGAGAGGGAGUGAAGCAGUAAAACCCACAGCAGUUAAGUGAACCUUUUGAAGUGAAGCAUUUACGAAUCAAAACUAUAAAAAAAAUGGAAUUGAAGCAUAACAACCUUAAAUGAAAAAUGUGAAGCAGUGAAACAGUGAACCUCUAAGAAGUGAAGCAGUGAAACAGUGAAUUCUUAAACGUGAAACAGUGAAGAAACGAAACCAGAAAAGCAUGACAGUGAAGAAAAACAACCUUAAAAGAGAAGUGAAGUGAACCAUUGAAUGAAUAACAGCGAAACAGUGAAACCAUUGAAAACAUAACGGUAAUUUAGUGAUCCUUUAUAAGUGAGACAACGAAACCUUAAAAGUGAACAAGUGAACCAGUGAACCCUUGCAAGUGAACCAGUGAACCAGAAAAGUGAAGCAUGAUAAGAGAACCCAAACGAACCAGUGAAAUGAACCAACACGGUGAACUGGUGCAGGGAGGAGGAUAAAGGAGGAAGGGAAGAAGUGAAGAGGAGAAAGAAAAAGAAAAAGAGGAGAAAGAGGAAGAGGAAAGAGACACGAAAUCUGCAUGAGUGACUAAAGAAAAUAAAAAAAGGGAAAAAGAAGAGAAGAGAAAGAAAAGAGAGAAAGAGAAACAGCACGUGCACGAUUCGUAUCAUACAAAACACACACACACAUACACACGAACACAAAGAAAAAAAAAGAGAAAAGCAGAGAAAAUACAAAGAAAAAACAGCUAAAAGGAAAGAAAAAAACUAAAGCAGGAAUAGAAGACAGAUAAAUAAUGUGAAAAUAAAAAAACGACGAAAAAAAAACAAAAAAAACAAACAAACAAACAGGCAACCAACACACAAGAACACACACAUACACACACACACACAGACACACACGAACUGCACCAGAAGCUUAUCAGUCAAAAAAAAAAAAAAAGAGUAAUUACAACAAAAAAGACUGAAUUUUGUGAGCAUCUAUGAACAACAAGAUAAGAAGAGGAACUAGAGAAGAGAUAGGAGAGAUAAAGAGAGUCAAGGUGGUACGAGGUGGAAAACUGUGCUAGGGGGGAGAGGAGGAGGAGAAGGAGGAGGAGAAGGAGGAGGAGGAGGAGGAGGGAAAGGACGCAAGAUAAAACAGACAGAUACUGACAGAUAACACGAGGCAGAUAAGAAGGAACCAAUGCAGUACCUUCUCCAAUCUGUCAUUCAUUUCUCUCCCUCCUUCGUUCACUAAAAGAAAGGAAGGAGAGAAAGAAGAGUGAAGGAAUAAAGAAAAAAAAAGGGCAGCAAAACGAAAAGAUAAAAGACGAGAGACAACCGCACACACGCACACGCGCACACACACACACACACACACGCACACAAUGCACAAAGCCAAACACAAAAUGACCACAGGAAACGUACACAAAACAAUACCACGAGAGAAAACGGAAGCUUACACGCUACCAACAAGGUAAUACCACAACACCACACCACACCACCACACCACACCACCACACCACCACCACCACCAUGACCGCCGCUGCCUACCGCCUCUCCAAAUUCCUGGCAAUACCGGAGAACCUGAGAAACGAGACGGAAAGCGUUCUGGCACAAUGCUCCGCGAACUUAACCUCACCGGAGACUUUGAAUGCCGCCUGUGACUCCUGCAAUGCCACGGGGGUCCAGCGGCUGUGGGAGGAGAGACUGUGUGACAUGCCUCCAACACCUGGGUUCGAUUCCGCUGUUUACGUCCUCUACAUCACCAUCCUCAUCGUUGCCGUGCUGGGGAAUUCCGUAGUGGUGUACAUCGUCUGUUCGUCGGAAAAAAUGCGAACUGUGACAAAUUAUUUCAUAGCGAACUUAGCCAUCGGUGACUUGUGCAUGGCUAUCUUCUGUGUCCCUUUCUCCUUCAUCAGCACGCUAAUCCUCAAGUUCUGGCCGUUUGGGGGACACCUGUGCGUGGCUGUCAAUUACCUACAAGCGGUGUCUGUGUUUGUGUCCGCGUACACCUUGGUAGCGAUCAGCCUGGACCGCUACUUGGCCAUCAUCUACCCACUCAGGCCACGGAUGACCCGCUGCCAGGCCAAGAUCAUUAUAGCGAGUGUCUGGGUGCUGUCCCUCGCCACCACCUUACCUGUCGCUGUUUACUCCCGCCUCCUCACGCCGCCUGUCAACUUCUACGCGCUCAUGGGCAGGCAGGUGUGCACGGAGGACUGGGGGUCAGAGCCGUCGGAUAACGAGUCCAGGGUGGCGUACAGUGUCGCCCUUAUGUUGCUACAGUACUUCCUCCCGCUCACUGUGCUUGUGUUCACGUACUCCCGCAUCGCCAUGGUGGUGUGGGGCAAGAGGACGCUCGGGGAGACGCCGGCCAGAGUGGACAGGAUAGCCAGGAGUAAGCGGAAGAUGACCAAGAUGAUGGUGACAGUGGUGAUGGUGUACACUCUCUGCUGGCUUCCCUUCAACGUACUGAUGGUGGUGCGGGAGCUGUGGGUGGUGGACUCGUGGCCCUACAUGAUGCAGGUGUGGGCUCUGUUCCAUUGGCUGGCCAUGUCCCACACCUGCUACAACCCGAUUAUCCUAUGCUGGAUGAACACUAAAUUCCGCUCUGGCUUCUGUUCCCUGGCGUACACCCUGCCCUGCCUGCGCCGAUGGGUGGACAGCUGGUUCUUCACCCCUGACGAGGCUGACCUUCUGAAAGCCACCACGACCUUCCCCUGCCACCACUACCCACGCAGCGCCUCCAGCAGACUCGUGACCAUCUCUCUGAAGGAUGACACGAUAAUUUUCAAGAGCCGCAACAUUAAUGAAGACGAACCCGAGACAAGCGAAGCACCGAGGCACCGGAACUCAAGCAGCAACGAUUCGAACCACCGCCUCAGUGAGUCUUUAAUGAGCGAACCUGCGAACCACAACUCGAACCAGUGAUCUGAGUGCUUCUGAACCCUUCAAAUGAGACGUGAGUGCUUCGGAACCCUGCAAACCUUUGAAACUAGACUUAGAGGUAACAAAAUAGAUAAAACUUUCUAUUUCAAUAAAAGAAAACAUGAAAAUGGAAAAAAAAAAGUUGGGAAUUAAAUAAAACUCAUAUUUCAAUAAAAAAAAAUACCUGUGAUAGGAAAUAAUGAUGAAAAUAAGAUAAAACUUUCUUAUUUCAGUGAUAAAAAAAAAAAAACUGCAGGGACGAGAAAAUAAAGUUGGAAAUUGGAAGUGGAAUUAAAAACAAAAAUACUGUGGAAUGAGAGUGGAUGGAAAAUUAAAAGUGAAAUAAAAUAAAACUUUCGUCUUUCAAUUAUAAAAAAAAAAAAACUUUGAUGAGGAAAAUAUGAACUGGACUUACAAAAAAAAAAAUACUUCAAAAUAAGUGUGGACGGGAAACUGAGAUGAGAAAACAGACAAUUUUCAUCCACCGUUUCAUGAGACAGUUCGAAUCUUUAAGUGAAGCUUCAAAUUGCAAAAAAAAAAAAAAAAAAAAGAAAAAAGAAAAAGAUUAAUUCUCAACUUCAUAGGUGUUUAAUGCUACUACUGCUAAUACUAUUAUCACCACCACCACCACCACCACCACUACUACUACUACUACCACUACUACUACUACAACUUCUACUACCUGUUAUUUCGCUGUUGUUGUUGUUGUUGUUGUUUGUUAUUAAUGUUGUUACCUGUCUGAAAUCCCACCUGUCUGUCAAUUGCUUCAUUUGUACAAACUAUUGCUGACAACACUGUAAUAUAUUCAGUCACAACUCCUACUGCUCUGUAUUUAAAUGUGUGUGUGUGUGUGAUUCAGAGUGACCCAACACGCACAAACUAUAAAAUAAUCAAAAACAGAAGACUGAAACAAUUUUUUCUUCACCAUUUCGAAAUUUAAUACACCCCGCCCAAAAAAUAUAUAUACUAAUACUACAUCAAAAAAUAAAAAAUAAAAAUGUACAUAAUUCGUGGCUUUCAAAAUCUUUAAAAACAACUCAAAACUCAAAAUUUUCUCAUGUAUUUUUUUUUUCAAAUUUCAAAGGGGAAGAAAACUUGAGAUUUCAAAAACAAUCAAAACUACACAUAUCAUAUAAAACUGUUUCCUCUGAGCAGUGGGAAAAAAAAUAAAAACAAUCAAAAUAACAAAAUAACACAAAUGUGGCUUUUAAAAUGUGUCUUUCUUUACUUUUAUGAGAGAAGUGUUGACAGGAAAGAAGAAGAAGAAGAAGAAGAAGAAGAAGAAGAAGAAGAAGAAGAAGAAGAAGAAGAAGAAGAAAGAAGAAGAAGAAGAAGAAGAAGAAGAAGAAGAGAUUUCGUUUCACUGUUUUGCUCUCUCUCUCUCUCUCUCUCUCUCUCUCUCUCUCUCUCUCUCUCUCUCUCUCUCUCUCUCUCUCUCUUCUCUCUCUCUCUCUCUCUCUCUCUCUGUCCAUUGUAACUCUCCUUCUCAUUACCUUCCAUUCUCCUCUUUCAUUUUCCCUCUCCCUCUCCCUCUUCUUCCUUUCACUCCUUCCCUACUUCCUUCCUUCCUUCCUUCCUUCCUUCCUUCCUUCCUUCUUCACAGCUUUCCUUUGCAGGUUUCCAGUCUCUUUACCAGUUCCUCUUACUCCUCUUUCUUAUUGCUAUUGUCGCUCCUCCUCCUCCUCCUCCUCCUCCUCCUCCUCCUCCUCCUCCUCCUCCUCCUCUCCUCCUCCUCUUCUUCCAUCGCCUGCAGUGUGAAACCUUCCUAACUUUUUAUUAAUCUGUUUAUUACAUAUCUUAUUGAAAAGGCCGGGAACUUCUAUUUUUAUUUAUUUAUUUUUCUUAUUCAAUUUGGUUGUAAGUUAACUAUGUGUGUAUAUUCUUAAUAUGUCUAUCUGUCUAUCUUUCUUUCUGUCUGUCUAUUUGUGUGGUUAUCAGUUUGUAAUGGCUGUCUAUCUGUUUGUCUGUCUAUUUAUCUAUCUGUCUGUUUGUCUGUCUAUUUGUUUAUUUAUCUAUGUUUAUCUGUCUGUCUGUCUAUCUAUCUGUCUAUCUAUUUAUCUAUUUAUUUGUUUAUCUGUCUGUCUAUCCAUCUACGUAUGCAUCUUUUUAUUUAUCUAUCUGUCUAUCUAUCUAUUUAUCCACCUUUCUAUCUAUGUUUCUCUCUAUCUAUCUAUCUGACUAUUAAUUUCUAUCCCCUUCUAUUCCUUUACUUUCACUUCCUCAGCUCCAUUAGUGCACGUGUAGUCUCUCUCUCUCUCUCUCUCUCUCUCUCUCUCUCUCUCUCUCUCUCUCUCUCUCUCUCUCUCUCUCUCUCUCUCUCUCUCUCUCUCUCUCU